CUGCGGUGACGCGGACAGUGUGCGCGGCGGCCCAGGAGGACCCGGGGCUGCUGUCGGCGGUUGGGGAGAAGAUGCCCAAAGUGAAGAGGAGCCGAAAGCCGCCGCCUGACGGCUGGGAACUGAUCGAACCCACUCUGGAUGAGCUGGACCAGAAGAUGAGGGAAGCUGAGACCGAACCUCACGAAGGGAAAAGAAAGGUAGAAUCAUUGUGGCCCAUCUUCAGACUCCACCACCAGCGAACACGGUACAUCUUCGACCUGUUCUACAAGAGGAAGGCCAUCAGCAGAGAGCUAUAUGAUUAUUGCAUCAGAGAAGGUUACGCUGACAAGAACCUCAUUGCUAAGUGGAAGAAGCAGGGCUAUGAGAAUCUGUGCUGCCUGCGUUGCAUCCAGACCCGAGACACCAACUUCGGAACAAACUGUAUCUGCAGAGUCCCCAAGAGCAAACUGGAAGUGGGAAGGAUUAUCGAAUGUACGCACUGUGGAUGCAGAGGCUGCUCUGGCUAAAUUCAGGGUCUUCCUCAGUGAGUUGUGAGGAAGCAAUGACAUUUUCUGCUGGGGUGUAUUGUGCAUAGUUUGCUGUAUUCUUAACUAGAAACUAUGGACCAUAAUUAAGGCAAGAUUUAUUUCAUUUUUCUGCAUGUACUAAAACACUGUUUCUUAAUGGAGUUCAGUAAGUUUUUAAAGUACGAAUGUCAUUCUUUUUAGACUAAAGCUUGAGAUCACUCACCUUUUUAUAAAAUAACAAGCAGCAUUGCAGCUAAUGGUUCAGUUUAGAUGCUGGUAACUAUACAAUUUGCAGCAUCCCUUGAGAUUGUCUUGUUUGUCAAAUGUGCUUAAACUAUUAAAUCUGUACCGCAGUUUAAAUCUUGGAAAUAUUAAAGGUCCCUCAACUUUA